AUGCUACAGAGGACAGAAGAGGCCUGUGACAAGGAACCGACUGGACGGGAAGGCUUCAGCGAAGGCGCUAAUAAAGACUCCUUACCACGUGCGAUCCGACAACCAAUCAGAGAGAAGACCUCCAGGUCCGGCUCCGCCUACAACAGCGUUAGCCAAUGGCGGGCUGUGGUCAUCGCCGACCAAUCACCGAUCAAUAGUGUUGUGGAACGCAAGCGCACGGCCAACUGA